AUGGUGGUCGGCAGUAUGAAUGUGGCCCAUUCACUCCAAAUCAAAACCAUUCCUUCAUCCUCCAAUAGAAUAAUGAUGAUGGCUUCUCCACAAACACCCAUUCAAGUCAUCCAAACAAGUCUGUAUACGAAUGAAAGGCUUUCUCCUGGCUCUCCACUGCAAUGGAUCAACACUAGAAAGCAACCCAUGCAGCAUCAAAUUCCUCUCAUUAAAUUACAUUCUCAAACGCAAUAUCAACAAAUCAUCGGAUUUGGUUGUGCAUUGACCGAAGCUGCAGGCUUUACCUUUGCCACCAUGAAUGAUCGUAUCAAGCAACAAAUUCUUGAUUUGUAUUGGACCGAAAAGGGUUUGAACUACACAUUGGCUAGAAUUCAUAUGAAUUCAUGUGAUUUUAGUUUAGAUAAUUAUUCGUGUGAUGAUGUCGAGGGAGAUUAUGAAUUGGUGAAUUUCAAUAUUCGAAGAGACAAAAUUUUUACGCUUCCGCUCAUUAAGAGAGUCCUCAAUCAAGUGAAAAGCAAUUAUCCAAAUAAGGGAGAGGGUUUCAAAAUCUUCUUAUCACCUUGGUCUCCUCCCUACUGGAUGAAAUACAACAAGAAAAUGGAUGGUAGUGCUCAACCCAAUGGUUUGAUCAAUUCUACACAAAUCAUGAGUGCUUGGGCAUUGCAUUUCUCAAAAUUCGUCAGUCACUACAAAUCAGAGGGCGUGGAUCGCAUGUGGGGUCUCACUGUUCAGAACGAACCUGAGUUUGCAGCUCCAUGGGAUGCUUGUUGUUACACUCCAGAUUAUCAAGCGUACUUUAUAGCGAAUUAUUUAGGUCCUCGCCUUAAAGCAGAUCAUCCCGAAUUGAAAAUUAUGAUCUACGAUCAUAAUCGUGAUCAUGUUGAGAAGUGGGCUCAAACCAUCUAUUCCAAUCCAAAAGCAGCUCAAUAUGUGGAUGGAAUGGCAUUCCAUUGGUAUGUCGAUGAGGAGUAUGAAAAUCUCUCACGCGCCUAUCGUGUGAAUUCUCAAAAAUUCUUAUUGGCCACCGAAGCUUGUUGGGAUCAUGGAGUUUCUUUGGGAAAUUGGACAAGAGGUGAAAAGUAUGGCUAUGACAUUAUCAAUGACUUGAAUAAUUAUGCAAGUGGUUGGACUGAUUGGAAUUGUAUUUUGGAUUAUCGUGGUGGACCAAAUCAUUUAAAUAAUUUCUGUGAUGCUCCAAUCAUUGCUGACAACAGAACUCAAGAAAUUCACAUUCAACCUACUUAUUACUAUUUUGGACAUUUUUCAAAAUUCAUUUCUCAAGGAUCAAGAAGAAUUCAUUUCGAACAAUUAACCUCUGAUGGUAAACAACCGUUGGAAAAUUCUCUUCUUCUCACCUCAUUCAAAACUCCAGACCACAAGGUUGUGACUGUUGUUCAAAAUAAGGAUGAACAAUAUUUGCAUUUUUACAUGGUGGAUUCCGAUGUGUUUGGAGAGGAAUAUUAUGUCUUGGUGUCAGUACCUCCAAGAGGAAUCAAAACUUUAAUUUAUGAGUACUAG